AUGAUGGAUCAGCAGUUUGAUUUCCGAGCUUUAUUGGUGAAACUUCAAGAUUGUCUAUCCGACAACGAUCGACGUCGUUUACAUUUUAUUGUGGGCGAUACGAUACCGAGACAGCUACGAGAUGAUCCAUCGUUGGGUGGAACCCUCAAUCUUCUUGAAACGUUGUUUGAUCAAGCGAAGAUUAGCGAGCAAGAUUUCAAUUAUUUAAUUCAAAUAUUUCGUGAAAUCCAUUGCUAUGAAGGUGUCAGACGACUUCAAGAAUAUCAGUUGGCUAAGAAUGAUGGCCGUACUGUCAGAACUGAAUCAACUGUUUCUGACGUUCUAUAUGACAAUGACACCGAUCGAGUCGUUCUAAAUCGCACGUCCAUAGUUAACAUACUGGGAGAUAAUAAUGACCAAGCACAAAAUGCUACACCUAGUCCUGAUGAUAAAGAGAAUAAUAAACAUACUGGCACUGCACCUAUAUCAAUCACAUCUAUUAAAUCUCAUGGAAAAAUAGUCAAUUUUAAUACAACCAUUAUCAAACAAACAUUGAAGUCUCGAUUAACCAUAUGCCAACUAGUUCUUUUGCUAUUAAAUAUUAUAAGUAUUCUAAUCUUCAUAGCUGUGGUCAUCACGUUACGGAAUCGUUCUUGUGCUGGAGACACGAUCCAUCAUAAGGAAGUGUUAAUAAUUCAACAAGGAUCUCUCUAUGGUGACAUUUUGGGUGGAGACGGGUUCGACGAUGCUGCCAACAAUUCAUUGACGUUAAAUGAAAAUUUAGUUUCUGUCAAAGCUUCGUGGUGGUACGACACGCUGACGACGGUGACAUUUAUCUAUUCGAAUAACGCAUCAUCACAGCAUGGAACUGGCGAUCCUAUUCGUGUUCCGUUGUUCAGUGGCGAAGUUAAACUGAGUGCUAAAGAAAGGUUUAUUGGUGUAACACUGUAUAAAGGUCUACGUGACAUAGUCAAUCCAUUUAAACCCAAUGGUACUCUAAUAAUCGUUGGUAUACAGUUUAUGACAAGUACAAAUCGAAUGAGUGACGUGUUUGGGUCGGAGAACGGUACGAAAUAUAGCGAAGCAUUUCCAAAUUAUCAAUUGGCUUAUGUGAAAGGUCGAUCAUAUGGAUUUAUUGAUGGAUUGCAAUUUAUCUGGUCUAAACCCCAAUCCUAUAAUAGAACAACACCCAUUUCGAAAAUGUUAUUCUAA